AUGACACGAGGAAGAAUAGGAACAGGACUGGCGUUCACAACAGUAGAAGUUUUAAUUACAGAAACACGAGCAGGAUUUCUGUUCGACGGACGAGUAUUGUCAGAACCGCCAGUAAGUAUCACCAUCCUAGGUGCCUCCUUGGCAUCGGGCACGGCUCGCACCGCAGAGGCAUCAGAGGAUCCGCCGAGUGAAGUCAAGGAGCUGGCAGAAACCGGCACGGCAGUCGAUCUGGCUCUCCUUGGUGAAAUGAAGGAGCGGUAUGACAAGUUCACGGACACCAGAGAUCAGGUCAUCAAGCGUUCACGGGACGUGGGCAAAGCCGCCAAGAACGCCGUGUAUGCGCUGCAAAGAGCAGACUUCAAGAAGGCAGAUGGCAACUUGGCCCUCUGCGCAAAGGAGGCGAACAGCAUCUGGCAGGAGCAUGUCUCCACUGCACUUACAUUGCGUUCUGGAGGAUUCACUGGCGCUUUGGAGGAGGUAGCCGAGGCGGUAGCCUACCGUGCCUUCCUGAAGGAGCAGAAACUCUUAACUCGAGCUGAGCUGCAGAAAGCAAGCGGCUUGAGCUUUGAGCUGACGAUCCCGGAGUAUCUAGGAGGUCUCAUGGACUUGACUGGAGAGGUCGGGCGCCUCGCAAUUCGGAAGGCAAGCGCCGGACGGGAGGCGGUUGGAGACGUGGAGAAGUGCCUGGCUUGUGUCGAGGGCGUCUUCCAAGGUGUGCAGGACCUCGUCUAUCUUCCCGGCGGCGUGGGCAAGAAGAUGGGAGCAUUGCGGUCCACGCUGCUGAAGAUCGAGGGUGUCCUCUACGAGCUGGCGCUGUUGUCCCACGCCGGGAUUCGUGCUGCCAAGGCACCCGAGCAAGCGCAACAGCGGGACGAUACAGCCGAGGCAGAUGACUCGGCAGGCCUCUAG